AUGAACCCUUCUCAUAAUGUUUCCCUCCUCUCAGGGGACGGCUUGUGUACAUCACAGUUAAACAUCAUCCUUCUUGGUGGCAGAAACUCUGGAAAGAGCUCUGUGGGGAACUUAAUCCUGGGCAAAGAGGAGUUUGUCACCAAAGAGAGGACCUCGUGCUCCAGGAGGCUGGGUGUGGUGGCCGGAUGGUGGCUCACAGUGGUGGACACUCCCGGCUGGUGGUGCGACUUCAGCACUCAAGAGACAUCUGAGCUUGUGAAGAGGGAGAUUGUAAGCAGUGUCUCUCUGUGCUCACCAGGCCCACAUGUAUUUCUAAUCAUAAUUAAGACGAGCUCGGCCUUCACAGAGAGGCGUCGCAGGGCUGUGGAGGAGCACGUGGCCCUGCUGGGUGACAGGGUGUGGAGUCACUGCAUGGUUGUCUUCAUCUCUGCUGACAGGUCUAAACACACUCAAGCAGAAGAGCUUGUACAGAUGGGGGGACAGGCCCUCCGCUGGCUCAGUGAGAGAUGCCAUCAGAGGUGUCACAGUGUUAUCUUGAGUGAUGAUAGUGAAGUUGCUGAGCUGCUGGAGAAGAUACAGAAACUUGUCAGAGCAAAUGGUAGCAGAUGGUUUGAAAUGCAGGAAAAUUUAUUACAGGCGACAGCAGAAGAGAAGAGAAGAGUGGAGGAGAGAGCUCGGCAGAGGUUUAUGAGUAUGAAGAAACACAGAUUUCUCAUGCGAGAGAGGCUGAAGCCCAUUACUAAUAUCCGGAUUGUGUUGGUUGGAGCAAAGGGUUCUGGGAAAACCUCUUCACUGAACACAAUUCUGAGUAGAGAGAGCAGCCAGUCACUGAGGAGAACAGCCCUGUGCCUCGUUGGAAAAGGAGUGGUGUUCGGGCGACAGGUGACUGUGGUGGACACACCAGGCUGGUGGAUGAACUACUUCAGUGACGAGAGUGCCAUCUUUGACCGGAUGGAGAUGGUGUUCAGUUUGUCUCUCUGCCCUCCGGGGCCUCACGUCUUUCUUUUGGUGAUCCGUGUGGACAGGGCUUUCACCGAAACCUACAGGAGAGCAGUGCAGGAACAUCUCCAGCUGAUCAGUGAGAACAUCUGGAGUCGUGUCAUCGUGCUGUUCAGUUUUGGCGACUGGCUGGGAGGCGCCACUACUGAGCAGUGGAUCGAGAGUGAAGGAGAACCUCUGCAGUGGCUUGUUGAUAGAUGCGGCAACAGGUAUCAUGUUCUGAACAAUAAAACUAAAGGGGAUGGAUUUCAAGUCAGAGAACUGAUUGGGAAGAUUGAGGAAAUGUUGGCUGGCUGCAACGACGGCCAGCAUUAUGAAGUAGAGCGGAAAGUGAUGGAACAGCUGGAGGUGAAGAUGAGACAAGAGAAGGAGAGAGCCAAGGAGAGACUGAUGAGGAAGCAGAAGCAAAGGCAGUUGGCGAGGUCUCAGCUGGAGAAACUCAACCCUCUUCCAGAUCUGAGAAUAGUGCUUGUUGGUGUCAGAAAAACUGGCAAGAGCUCAUGUGGAAACACCAUCCUAGGCAGGGAGUGUUUCCACACAGAAACCCAAACCACUUCCUGCUCUGAACAAACUGCCACAAUCAGUGGAAAGACGGUGGUAGUGCUGGACACACCAGGCUGCUUCACUGUGACCUCUGACCUCCUCUUGGCAUCCCCUGCUCUGCUCCUGGUUGUCAACGUGAGCUCCUCAUUCAAAGAUACCCAAAGGGAGGCAAUGGAGAAACAACUGGAGGCAGGAGGAGGCCAAAUGUGGAGCAGAGCUGUGGUCCUGUUCAGCUACGGUGACUGGCUGGGUGACACCAGCAUCGAGCAGCGCAUUGAGAGCGAAGGAGAACCGCUGCAGGGGCUGGUUGAGAAGUGCGGGAACAGAUAUCAUGUCAUGGACAAUAAACACUGGGGGGAUGGAGCUCAGGUUAACGAGCUGAUCGAGCUUAUAGAGGAGAUGCUGCCUAAAGAAAGGAUGGCUGUUCUUCACAGAGGCGAUCACAUGUGGAAAAGUGUUUCUUCACCACAAGAGCACCAACCGGUUGCAGUAACGUUGUGUAAAAAAGAUUUAAAGGUGGUCACAAGCUGCAAACAUCAGCGGUCCCAUGACUUGAAUGAAUCAGCCAGUUCCACUACUCAAACCUCAGAAAAUUGCUCGGAUGGCCAAGAUAAUGGUGGUCAGAUGGUGGCACUUCCAGCAGAAAGAACGGGAAGCUGGACAGGACUCGCCAUCCUUGACAGAGACAGCUUCAUGUCCUGUUUAGCCUCUAUGCUCUCUGGUAAAGAAGGACUGAGGUGGACUAAAUAUCUGCCUGCCUGGUUCCCUACGGAUGAUCUUCACCUGAGACUGAAUGGUGAAAGCCAGGGGCAUCUGUCCUCGACAAGACAUCCAACAAUGCUUCUGGUUUUUCCUCAAACACAACACAGGAUGAUUGCAGAGCAAAAUCAUCAUACUCACAUGAAGCUUGCUGAGUCUGGAUGUCUGCAGUCGCUGAUUGACCAAAGGGACAAGAGCAACCUGGAGGAGCUGGAAGCCUUCAUUGACACUUACUUUGAGAUGGUUUGGGAGCAAACCAUUGGGUCAUUUCAGCCAGCUGAACCCAACUCUCCCACUGCAGAGCAGGCUGCUGUCGUAGAGGAGACUGGAGAGGAGGAAGUGCUCUCAUCCAUCGACAGGAAACUUUCAAAGCUGGAACUCCUUGAGGAGAUCAGGAGGGAUCUAGUCGAACUGAGGAAGAGUCUGGAGCACAGCUGGAAGGCCACAAAGGAAGAAAAAAGUAAACAAGAUGAUAAUAAUACAUGUUGAAACAGGGUAAUCAAAGAUGGAGUAAACUGUCAUCUCUAUCGGUCAAAAGUAAUUUAUAUGUAAUUUUUCUGACUAGUUAAUUUCAAGAAGUAAAAAAUUGUCAAAACCUCACUUUCUUUGGCUGAAGGGAUUACCAUUUUGUUGUGAUAUUUCCCCACAAAGGGGCGCUCUUGUAUAAGAUUAGGAAAUGCAGAUUCUGCCACUGAAAUACUUCUGCAGCGAUGGAAGAAGCUCUCAUAUCUUUUACUUAAGUAAAAGUAGCAAUACCAAAGUGGAGAAAUACAAGUAAAAGUCCUGCAUGCAAACUUUUACUUAAGUAAAAGUACAUAAGUAUUAGCAUCAACAUGUACUUAACAUAACAAAAGAAAAUGUAUUCAUUAUGCAGAAUAGCCCAUUUAAGAAUAAUAUUUAUUAUUGGAUUAUAAUUACUUAUGCAUUAAUGUGUUUAUCACUUUAUGUUACAGCUGGUAAAGGUGGAGCUAAUUGUAAUUACUUCAUAUACUUAUGAGUGGCUUGUAUAUGUCCUUCCCAAGAUCAAUUAAGUAUUUUCUUAAUACUUUAUAAUUUAUUUGAUAAUAUGAUUAAAUUAUGUAUUAAUAAUCUCAAUCCAUAAAGUAACUAACUCAAAUAAAUGCAGUGUAGUGAAAAGUAUAGACUAUAUUUGCCUCUGAAUUGCAGUGGAGUAGAAGAAUAAAGUAUCAGAAAAUACUACAGUGAAGUACCUCAAAUUAUACUUAACUGUUUUUGAGUAAAUGUAAUUGGUUAUUUCCCACUACUGCACAAUGACUUUUUAGUUUUUCUUAGAAAUCUUGAAACUGAUUAUAUAAAAUGGGUUUUUACGCUGCAUCACCAUUUACCACAAAUUUAAUCUGACUUUGCAAUUAAAGUAAAGUUGAACUUGAUGGUGGUCAUGUUUUGGAAAUUAUAUGGAACAAUGUCUCUAAUAUAUUGGCCUCCUCAUUUGCAUAUGUCGAGAAGCAAAAAUAUUAGAUACACAUGUCAAAAUAAUGCUAUUCAACAGAUCAACUCCACAACUGAUUGUUAAACAUACCAUACCACAGACAUGGGCAUUAAUCUGCUGCUGUAACAGCCCUCUCUCUUCUGGUUUUAGGGAUUUGUUGCUUCAAAAUCAUAAGGGGGGGCAUACCUGGCUCACAGUGGGUGUUCCCGUUCUUCCCAAAGGUGUUGGGGUUGAGGUCAGGGCUCUGUGCAGUCAAGUUGUUGUCAAGACAUUUCUUUAUGGACCUCCCUGCGUGGGAGGAAUUGUCAUGUGAAGUCAAACUACAAAUUUGCCUCAAAGGUUUUAAAAUCUGUACAGCACAUUUGGUCUUAUACCCCUGAAUUCACUUCCUAAAAACAUAAAAAAAACCUCAUGAAGAGUAACAGAGGAGGGAUCAGUUUUAAAAUUACAAAAUGGAGAAAUGACAACAUUAAGCACAGCGAUUGUAAACAUAUGGACAGUGAGCAAGUUCCAGGUGCUGCCAAAGCAGGUAGGACUUGAGACACAUUGUGAUGGAAAGUCUUGUGAGCUGGUCAACUCUAGUGAUGAGCAAAGUUUCUGGAAACUCAGGCUAUCUUAAGAAGUAUUUAUUGAAGCUCUCUCGAGGAGAAUGGCACAUUGACACAGUGUAUUGCCAAAACUAAAUCAGAAGGCUUCUUCCUGAUUGGGGAUAUUUGUCCUUACUAGACCUACUGAGAUUCAGAUAAGUUUAUUCUUCAACCCUCUAUACAUCUGUGAAAUUCUAUUGGAUAUUAGUUCAAAACAAGACACUUACCGGUAGCUUACCUAAGUUAACCUAAGUUAUGUUGUGUGUCACUUUUGCAAAUAACCUUAACGUGACGUGGGGAAACCCUGUUUGAUGUUACCCUCAAAGAAGGAAAAUUCUUUCACACACAGGAGCUCCUCUCUACCAUGAAUACGUUGUAAGAGUACAGAUUACACUCACACACAAGAAGCGAAAAGAAUGAGAGAAAAGAAUUAGAGGGGCUAAAGGUUAGAGAUGAAUCAAUUAAAGACCAUACAUCAAGGUGUGGUUUCCUAAGUAGAGGUUUAACCACAGCACUCUUAAAACUUCUGGUAUAUGAUACAUUAAUAGCUUUUGGCAUUGUAGGUUCCAGAGAUGGCGUUUAAAAAGUUGGGCUGGUAAGGAGUUGAGGAGGAGUCUAGACAAUGUUUCAAGUGAGAUAGUCUUUGGUAAGUUACUCACCUUUCCUAUCAAAUGGAAUCAUUUAAACCUUUAAAUCCUUUAAAGGUUGAAAUGAACUGUGUUCGUCUGUGCAGGGGAGUCCACAUGAGUGCUUCUUCCAGUUUACAGUCAACC